GAAACAUUUUCGCUUUGUCAUCAAGGAAAUCGAGCUGAAUUGACUUCGAUCCUGUUUAUAUCCAGGGCGUGGUAGUUUAUUUUUAGCAUUGAAGCCUUGAAAUCAUCUUCGAAGCUAUGGAGAAGAAAACUUACUACAUCCUUCUUCGAGAUUUGGAAGACCCUUCGAGUCAAUCGUCUGCGGGAAUGUUAUGGGGAAUGUUGUCAAAUUACGUCUACGGGACGCAACCACCUUUGGCUCUUAAGGGAGAGCUCUUUGAAUCUCUUCCUGCCGCAGAUAUCACAACAGCUGGAGUCGAAGUCGAAGACAAGGUCGCAGUAUGUGGACUGAAGCAGAAAUGUCUCCAAGUGGAGUGUCCUAAGGAAGACUUACAAAUUAUCAGUGACAAAGAUACUCAGCUCUUGUUGGCCGUCCAGUCCUAUCAUCAGAGGUGUAGAUUGUUGAAAGAUAGGCAGGAUCUUCUUAAAUGGGCUGUGGCUGAUCAUGAGGGAUGUCGUGUAUCUGUAUGGAUGGAUGAGUUAAAGAGAGACGUCCCUGCUUUUGUGCAUUACAAAGGAGCCCUGCCUCCUUAUGAUGGAAUCAUGUUUGGAGUUGAGAUUGUGGUAUGUUUUUUCCUUUUUUUGAGGAUGGGGGGGAGGGGGGGUAGGGAUACAUGGGUGACAUCUAAUGAGAAAAUGGAAGUGAGGUACUGUCAUAGUGCAUAAUUGUAGACAGGAGUCAAAUGUAACCUUAACCACACACAGAUUGCUCUCCUUGACUCUACAAAAAUCAUCCGAAAAAAAUCGUAAAAUAUCAGCGUUAAUUGUGAUUGCCACCAAAUUUAGCACAAAGGAAGUAGAUAGUUUUAGCAAAUUAAUAACAUGGCUACUUUCAGCCUCUGACCAUGAAAACCUUUGGCACUCGAAUUUUUGAAGUUUUUGUAAAAAAUGGAUGGUGAUGUGGGAAGAAUUUGAGGUGGCUUUAGUGGUCAAGAAAUACUUUUGGCAACAAAAUUUCCUCAGAAGGAGUGUCUCUUUCCUAAGAGGUAUAGCUUUCUAUGCUGCUCUUUAUGACCUCUGAGAAAUUUAUUUUCAAAGUAAACUAUAUUGAUUUUGCUCAUUUUUGAGCUGUCCAGGAAAGAAUUAUAACAUAAGCAUUUUAAUUUUAAUUUUAAUUUUCUGACAAACUUUCGAUCCCCAUCUCUUUCUGGGAGUGCCUCCUGGAAAUUAUUGAUAUACUGCUUGAAACUGGCUUGAGAUAGUAGAGGAGAGAGAACUUUUCCACUUUUGAAUAAUGCCUGGCCAGUUACCUGAUCAGGGAAUGACAGUAUACCCCUUUGAAGAUGUGAGGGCCCCGGGGGGGGCUACUCCCAUAUAUGGGCUAUAUAGGUACGUGCCACGGAAUAGGGUAUGGUUUUUGAGGUUCUCAGUCCUUAAAUAGGGUAUCUUUUUUGACCCUUUUGUUUCUGUGUCCCUGGUGUGGUCCUUAGAUAGGGUAGCUUAAUUGUAUUAUUUAAUAUUGGAGUGUGAAGACGCCCGCCGAAACAAACAGUUUUUUUUUAAACUUGAUGUAUCUAUUUAAGUAUUAACAAAAUGAUUUUGCAACAGAGGCUUAAUAGCCGUUAUUAAACUAGGCUUAUUCUAGUAUUUUAUGCUUGAUGCUAUACAUCCAAUGUUACAGAGAAGAAACAAAGUUUUCCUUUUCAUGCUAUCAAUAACUUUGUUCUUUCCUUGAAUAGGGUGUCAUUUUUCGGCUUUGGGCCUUAAUUAGGGUGUCAGUUUUCGCUUUCUUAGUCCUUAAAUAGGGUUAGGGUUCACGAACCUCCGUGGCACACCCCUAUCCAAAAUUGGUGGGAGUAGCCCCCCCAGGGUGAGGGCAUGCUGUAAUCAGGACAAGAUGUUGGGGAAGUCAAAAGUUUGUAUGUUGUAAUUCUUCCUAAUUGAAUGUAUUUGUUAUUUUCUCUUUGCAAACUUUAGCUAAUAAACUCAAAAAAACAAUACUCUAAAUGUGGAGAGCACAGCAGUCCUUUGUUGCUUUUUAGAAAAUUUUGACUUCUUCUGUACAUUACGUGUUAUUUUUUUGUUGUCGGAUUACAGAAAAUGAAUAGAAGAACUCAGGUUUUCUGAAAAGCAAAAAGGACUGCUGUGCACUCCAGAUUUAGUGUGUAGUUUCUUUAAGUUCCCUAGUUAUAUUUUUCAAAGGGAAAGUGACAAAUAUAUUCAAUUAGCAAGAAUUAGUUGACUUUGUAUUCCUGUACAAACUUUUGACUUUUUCACCCUCUUGUCCUGAUUAUCCAUCAUGCCAUUACAACCGUGAAGGGGUCCAUUAUAAGGUAACAAUCUACAAUCUCAAAAGUAAGUAUACUGUAAUACAAACUGCCCUUCACUGAACUACAGAGUCACUAUGAUUGCAAUACAUGCACUUGAUGGUAAUGGUAAUAAUAGCAAUAAUAAUUUGUUAUAAAAAAAAUUCAACUGUCUUACAUAUAUAAUUUGUUAUGUUAUUUGUUAUCAAUAAAUGACCAAGUGCUAAAAUUUUAAUAACUUCUAAGGAGAAAUAUCAUAGUAUUUUAAGUUAGUAUCAUCAUUCCUUAAAGAAUGCCUCAUGAUAUCAGUUAUAUAUCAAUAUUAUUAUGAGUAAGCCUUGAAGAGACCCAAAAAUUAAUGUCCAAUUGAUAAUGUUCCUGAAUUGUUUGUCUGUCAGGAUCCUCGCUUUCGUAAUCGGGGCACUACAGAUGGAGUCUUCAGGUGUCAAAGGUAUUUCAGAUGUAGUCCUGGAGCAGGGAUGUUUGUGUCAUUGGAUAAAAUUACCAUUCCAGUUGCUGAAGAGUUCAACGUCAGAACUGGUAAGGCACAGGAAAUCACAUCACAGGGUCCUCUGUCAGGAAUAUGUCUGACAAAUGAUCACCUUUGGGGCCAUCCUAACCUGAGAUCAGGCAUUAUUUAUUUUUUUGUUGUUGUUGUUGCUUCUUUGGCUUGAGAGGGAAAAAAGCAAUGCCUGAUACAUUCAUUUGACAAGCCGUCAACCGCUCCCUAAUUUACAUAAUAUAAUAUCUACUCAACCUGUCAUGUUAUUAGCCGAUCAGCGUUUACCAGACGGGAAUCAAAUUUUGGUGCGUAUAAUGUCUCUUUUAAAUUUAAGGAAAAGGAAUUUAAUUUUUAAAUACCUCCAUGUGCAGAUGGCGCUAAUUUCCAACAAAAUGUUUUAAAGGUUUUUUUUUUCCUUUUUUGUGAUGAAAUACUGCUACAAUGUAGCUGGAGCUGCCUUACCUUUAUUUAUCAGCCACAAAUUAAUGAAUAAAGAAUUUACUGGUAAAAGUUCAUUGACUUUCUUCUUUCUGAGCCGAAAGCAGUGAAAAAAAUGUUUAGGUUGGUGCACCAUAUUUCAAGAACUAAAAAGUGUUGCGAAAGCGAAGGUCGCUCAGAAUAAUUCACAGGUUGCUGAGGGAGAAAUUACAGCCAAACCAGGUCAAGAUUCCAUUCAUGUUGAUUAUAUGAAAAGUGAAUCUGUCUGUCGCUUCUGUAACUUGUACCCGGAAUUAAAUAAUUUAUUGCAUUCAAGUCAUCGGUGAAUUUUUGACUGCAACUUUUUAGUAUACGAUGAGAUGGAAAAUAUUUCAAUGACUAAAAUUUCCAUUUAGACAUUCUUCAAAUUCAAGAAAACUGAGCCGACGGAAAUUUCAUAAUGAAGUCGUGUGUGUAUUCACUGCAUGCUUAUUGUGCAAGCAAAAAUGCAGACUGAAAUCAACAACAACUAACGGAAUAUGGCGUCAUUUUGGCCAAUCGGAACAAUGCAAAUCAUCCGUAUUGUUUUCUAUCCAAUCAGAAAAAAGUCCAGAUUCUGGCUUUUUUGCCUGUGAUCUGUAAAAGGGUAGUAUCAUGCCCUCCUCCUGAAAACAGAUUACAGAGAUAAAGGGAGAAGGCAUGAUCGCAGGCUAGGGCCACAUCCAUACAUGUAUUUUCAAUUUUAUCUAUACUAUCAUCAGUAGUGGGGGACUAGUAGUUUUGAGGGGGGAGGGGCAGAAGAAAAAGGCAUAUAGGGAAGAGUUUGUCAGGGGGCACACCAAAAAACAUCAACAACUUAAUUUAAAGAAGACAGGAAGUCAAAGUAACUUUCAUUAAGUGUUUUCUUGAAUGGACACUGGAAAACUAAUUAAUACCUAAAUUUAAGACCCUUAAAAUCUAAUCUAUUGAAUCAAGAAGUCAAUUAAAUCACAAAGUGUAGUCCAUCAAAUUAUUGCAAGUCUGUUAUCCAUUUCUUUGAAUUUAAGGUAAAUUAGGCUGAGGAACAGUAUAAAUUUAUGGCACUUCCAAUUAUGAAGGCCCAAUUAUGAAGGUGAAGGAGUGCUUUUAAAGAGAAUGGUAAGGCGAACCAGUGUCAGGGAAAGAAACGAAAAAGGUUUUCAUCUUUCUUGCAAAAUCUGUCAGGAGCUUGUAGUCUGUCGUUAGUGAUGAGGUUUUCUAUUGGGCAGACAUGUCAUGUUCAAUAAGGGUUAGGGGUUAGAAUUGUGUACGAGUCGUGAAGUCGCUUUGUAGUCUCCUCUAUUAAAUCUUCGGUCCAGAAAACCUGAUCAUGAAUGCACAGACUACUGGCUCCUGACAGAUUUUGUAAGAAAGAUGAAAACCCCUUUUGUUUCUUUCCCUGACAAUUUUUUGCCUUGGCAUUCUCUUUGAAUGCACUCCUCCACUUGCAAAGUUUUCAAAAUGGUCACCCAAGGAAGUCAAAGACUCAAACCAAUCCACUUUAACUGCAAGGCCCGCAAAGAAUUGUAGGCCCAAAAAUAAAUUCGCGAUACAGCGAAAAAUAAUUAUCAGCACCAUGAGAAAAUAAUUCUCAAUACUUGUAUUAAAAAUAAUUCACAGUACCACUAAAAACUUAUUUGUGGUACGUAUGAAAAAUUUAUUCAUACAACAACAUAAAAAAAGUAAAUAGCCUUAAUAAAAAAUAAUUCAUGCAGCUAAAAAAAUUUAACAAGACAUUUUUGUCAUCACUACACAGGAUUUCUUUAGUACACAACGGGUCCAUAAUAAAUGCUGCACUGGCCAAAAAAGUCACUUGUGAUGCCAUUUUAUUAUAUUAAUUUUGACCAGAACGGGCCUCCAUACCCAAUAAUUGAUUUUGGGGGUGCGUGGACAGAGGUCCUUGUAGUAAUUUAUUUCUCAACAUGCCAAUUUCUCUCUUUGAUUUGCAAGGAAUUGUGGGAUCAUGCAAAUGGAGAAUUAGUAGCAGUUCCUCAAUAAUCACAGAUUGAAUUUUAUCUUUGUAAGGCUUUAGUUAACAUUACUGGGUCUUCCACCAGUGAUUCUAGGAUUAAAAGAAAAAAAUAGGGCUUUUCACAUUAAAAACACUUGACAGGGGGGAGUGGGGUGGUGGGUGGGAUAUUUAUUUCUGUAUUUAGAGUUAAAUAGUCACAUUAUUUUGAAUCUGUACACUGUUUGUACUAAUACAUAAACAUGGGCCAUUAUUUAGCUCUUAUUAACCCAGCGGGAGGUCUGUAUGGGAGAAUCUUGACUGAGGUCGCCAGUACAGACCGAAUGCAGUGAGGUCUGUACCAGCGACCUAGGUCAAGAUUCUCUUAUACAUACUGACCUAGCUCGGUUAAUAAGAUGUUUAUUAUAUGGCCAAACAAGAAAGCAAAGAAACAAAAACAUAGAUAAUUUUAUUUUCUUCCCUGUGCAGGCUCAAGCAUUUAGCUGGCUUUCUUCUGUUACUGGUCUUCAGUCCAAACGGAACAAAAAUGACUGUUCAAAGUCCAGCUUUGUACAAACUUGGUACAAACAAGCCAAUUUUUUCAUAUUCUUUGUUUGUAACUUUUUGAGGACAACUGUUACAACAAGAUCGGUCUAGAUGCCAGUCUAGAUGGGAAAAUCUAGACCGCAGUCAAGAUUGAUUUUAGCCAAUCAAAUACUUGAAUUUGUUUGUUUCCAGUCCUUUUGAGACAUGGCUAUAUAAUAAUUAUUACUCAUAUAGAUGUUGUAGUUCAAUUUUUUCCUUGGUUUAAAUUUUGUUUUCCUUUGUUUUGGGGUAUGGUAAUGUAUGAUAAUGAGUUUUGAACAAGGGAAAACAAAAUUUAAACCAAGGAAAAAGUUGAACCACAACAUAGACAUCAAAUCAUUCAUAUUCAUCUGAUAUUCAGAAUUUCCCCUUUAAAAAUAUCAUGCAAACCUGCCUUUUUAUUUUUGUUUUAGAGGAAAGCAGUCAGGAUGAUUACACUCAUAUUGAGAAAGAGGAAAAGCCAAGUGGAGAAGAUUCUGGAAUGGAAAGCUCUGGCCAUUCUCUUGUUGAAGCAGAACUGUUAGCGGAAAAAAGUAGGGCUUUAAUCUUGGAGGCCAAAAGUACAACAGAGGACGUAGAAGAACAAGAAAAGGAAAAGCAGCUUGAAAGUAACAGUUUGACCCGUGAGCCUGAGAUUUCAGAUGAAGGAGAAGUGAUGGACUUUCAACAGUUGUAUCUCAAUGAGAAGAAGCUUCAGCAUGAAGCACAGUACCAACUGAAAGAGUGUAAGUUAAAGAUUUCAAGUCUUGAAAAGCAUCUGGACAAAGAGCAGAUCGCAAACAAGAAGCUGGUUGAGAAAUGCGAUGCUCUUCAGAAGGAAUUAAGUCAGCAAGCACUUCUCAGAACUGAUGCUGAGUUAACGAUUGAGGAAGAGCAUAAUAAGAUUCGGAAAAUACAGAAAUGUUUUGAGCGUGAGUGGGAGGAAUUUGAGAGGCGUUUGAUAGAGGAGCGUGCUGCAAAAUCAGAGGCUGAGCAACAGUUGAGUGUUUUAAUGAGACAACUAGAAGAAGAGAGGAAUUUAAAGACAGUAUUGCAAAGAGAUUUGGAUGCUUUACAGGAAAAGUUUAGUCGACAGCAGGAAGAGUUUGAAAAGCAAAGAAGGAUUGGAGAGAUGGCGUGGUCUGAGAAUGCAAUGCAUGAAAAUAAAACUCAGCCAGAUGUUGAAUCAUCUGAUUGGAUUAUAAGUCGCAGUGAAGUUGAAAUUAUAGAGGAGAGGGGUCUAGGAACUGGUGGAUGGGGCGUAGUCAAGGAAGGAAUGUUCCGUGGAUGCAAAGUAGCUGUGAAGCAGAUUCAUGAGCUAAUUCUCUCACCACACAACAGGCGCUUGUUUGUGAGAGAGAUGAAUAUUGCUUCUCGAUGUCGCCAUCCAUGUUUACUGCAGUUCAUUGGUGCUACAAACGAUGAUGGUAUACCUCUUUUUGUCACUGAACUGAUGGACACCAGUUUACGAGACUUACUUGACAAAAAGCCACUUCCCAAAGCAGAUGUUGUCAACAUUGCACUUGACGCUGCCAGAGCCUUGAAUUAUUUACACUUAAAUAGACCUCCCAUUAUCCAUCGGGACAUUAGCAGUGCAAAUGUGUUGCUAUGGAGACGAGAUAACCAAUGGCGGGCCAAGGUGUCGGACUAUGGUACUGCCAAUUUUAUGAGACAAUGCAAGACCAUAAACCCAGGAUCUGUUAUAUAUUCAGCUCCAGAGGCUCUUUCAACUGAGCAGUCCCCAAAGGUUUGUUGUUGUUUCCUUAAAUGUAGUCUUUCCAGGGCUGCCAAAAUGUUUUUAAGUAGCAUGCUAGUAAUGAAUAGAAGGCGGCUUUGGAACUCGCACCAAAGGCACAAAUUCUUGAGGGCCAAGACAUCUAGGGACAUUUUUUGAAAUUUAGAGUCUGGGAAAUGGCAUUUUCAGUGGUUUUCAAGAGGUAUUAUCCACCGGGGACACAAUGCUUUUUCAUCAGAUUACACGCAAGACUGGGAACCAUGCCGUCGAAAUGUCCCCGGCGUUCCACGACAUCGCACGGUUCACACGUUUCACGGGGCUAAACCUUUAUAAAUAUGCGUUUAAUUUCAUUCGAUGGUGCUUGAUUUUUGUCCGCAGUUAUAGUAGAAGAAGAUGAAAGUAGCCGACUAAGGAUGGCUAACUAGCCUGGGGUUUUGGCCGGCUACCGGCCCUUAUUGACAGCCCUGUCUUUCCUAGCUGAAAAACCAUUGAUUCUCAGAACAGGGCUGCACUUAGUCUGGGAAUACAGCCGUCUCUCCUUGCUUCUAAUCACUAGGGGCAUUUUGCAGGGCUGACAUCUGCAAUCCAGCCCCAGAAAUUCCAUACUGGACUGACAUUUUUUUUUAUUUUGUUUAGAAUCUAGUCAACAAAUGCUGAUUGGUUGACGUAGUAUCAGUUAUAUGUUAAAAAAUGACAGACAAAAGACAAUAGGUCACAAAAAUCAAAGUAACGAUGAUUAAUUCUACCAUAAUUCUUCACUUCCUAUAUACUCAGCUUCAUUCAGUUAGUCUCGCUUGCGUGAGCAGCGAGACUCAUAAUCUGCAACGCGUUUUUCGUCCCUUAUAUAGGCUAUAUGGGUACGUGCGGCGCCAAAGGGUAUGGUUUUUCAGCCGUUUUGGUCUGAAAAUAGGGUAUCAGUUUCGACCAUUUUGGACUGAAAUAGGGUAUGGUUUGUGCACUCUAGUCUUGAAUUGGGUAUGUUUUUUAGAAGAAUUAGCUACUUCAUUAUCGUUUGGCGAUAAGACCGUUUCCCUUUUACGUGCCGUAACAGCUUGUCACGCGCUCCGGUCACGCGCCGGGCUCCAGGGCUUCGGGUCUGAAAUAGGGUAUCAAAUUUUUGAUCAGGUCUGAAAUAUGGUAGGGAAAAUCACAGAUUUUGGUCUGAAAUAGGGUAAGGGUUUCAGGAUGGGUCUGCGCACCCCCACCCAAUUUUUCUGGAAGUACCCCCUGGCUUUUUGGUCAUAUUUGGGACACAAAAGGCAGGUCAUUGUGACAGGCGUUCCUUGCGGACACCGUGGAAACUGGAACUAAGAAUCGAAGCCACGCACGUUUUGCGAAGAAAGCUUAGGAAAGGUUAAAUUUAGAGUCUUUCCGAAACGUGUCGGUCCACGAAUUCUGUCGCUUGAAAGCGUCCAUUAGUUUGGAACAAGUGAACACUACUGAGUGGUCAAAAAAAGAAAGAAUCUUAAUUAGCAAAACUGCGAUGGUCGGGUGUUGUAAACUUUCAUUGUGUGCAAAUGGCUCCUGUGGUGAGCAUGCGAUUUAUUUUCGGCGAUGAUUGAAAUGACGUGCCAUGUAAAUAACUUUUUGGAUCUUUGAAUGAUGUAAUUUCGCUGGAAUCGAGAUCCUUGAAUUUUCGUGUAUUUAUACACGCCUAUAGCCUACGACCGCAGACGUGUUUCCGGUCGUCGCUAACACGCGUACUAAAUCAAUUCAGAAACAAGUAAAAAGAAUGGACGUCGAUAAAGUAGGAAGAAAAAAAAAAUUAGCGAGUAAAUCCUGUUUCGCGCAGAAUUAAUCGCCUCCUCAUUUCUCGACCUAAUCUCCAGGCAGAGCGAGCCUGAAUGCCGCUGUUCGCGUUCUUGUUGAUAAAUAGUUUUUCGUUUGUCUAAGAGAUUUUUUUUUCACACAUUUACAAAAUAUCUUUUGCUUUUCUAGAUUGAUGUGUUCAGCUUUGGUUUGUUGCUGUGUGAGAUGUGCAUUCGUGAGCUUCCGGUCCCUAACGAGACUCAAGAACAGGUUUCUGUGAUUGCAGAUCAAGUCCUUAGAGACCUGGUGACCAGUUGUGUUAGACAAGAGCCUGGAGAGAGGCCAACAAUGGCUGAAGUAAUUACCGUAUUGGAGAAAGUGGAACCAGAGAUUAAAAAUGAUCUCAAGACAGUAGGAAAAAUCUAA